GCCCGAUAAGAGCUUAUUCAAAAUAAUCUUAUGACAAUGGUAAUACAUAAAUCAAUGGAUUUCCAAUCUCCCUCCCCGGGUUGCCUGGACGGUGUUGUGUUCACCUCCCACUGGUUGACAGAUCAAUGGAUCCCACCAUGCCACGGGCAACCCCCCAAGUCUUUAAUCUUAAUAAUCAUCAAUGCCGUUGCUCCGGGACGUUUGGGACGAGGAUUUCGACAGUUCGUUUGAGCGCGAGUGUGGCCCGAUUGGAGAGUUGGGUCGCGGGCUUCAGGCUUCUAUUUACUUGCUUAAGGCGACGGCCACGGUCUCAUCCCGUCGCCUUUGCUUUGCAUAUGAACGAUCGAUACUCCGUACUCUCGGCCGAUCUGCGAAGUCCGAACGUGUUCGAGCAUCUUCUAGGUUCCUUUGCCCCUUUGGCCAAACAGCAGCACUAGGCGGGCUAUGGCGCCUCGCUAAUUAUUGGACCUCACCUCCCCGAACUAGAUAGAAGGCUUGAAGUCGAGAGGGAUGGAAUGACUCAGAAGGUAUGGAAUGAUCGCUAAUUACAGCCGGACAGGCGCGAAUCGCGCAACGAGCUGCCGUGUUACCCUCCGAUUU